AACACCACGUUCAACCCUCUCCACGGCAUCCAGCCGUUUCCCCUAUCGUCAUACAGCACCAACAUGACGCGGCGCGCCCCCGUCAUCGCCCUCUCGCACGGCGGUGGCCCCAUGCCGCUUCUCGGCGACCCCUCGCACGCACCCAUUACAAAGUCGCUGCAGACGCGCGUGCCCCACAUCCUCAAACUCGGUACCCCAGACGCUCCAAAAGCCGUCGUGCUGGUCACGGCCCAUUGGUCCACGGACAAAGUCACCAUUUCCAGCGGCGCGGCCCAUGAGCUGCUGUACGACUACUACGGCUUCCCGCCCGAGUCGUACCACAUCAAACACAAUGCCCCCGGCAGUCCUGAAGUCGCCGAGCAAGUCGCCAGAGCGCUGGAUGAAGCCGGCAUAGAGCAUGUCAAGGAUCCUCAACGACCCUGGGACCACGGCGUCUUUGUGCCCAUGAAACUGAUAGAUCCGUCGGCCACAACGCCCAUUGUCCAAGUCUCGGUGCUGGCCUCAGAGUCGGCUGCGCAAUCCUACGCCGUCGGCCGCGCGCUGGCUGCUCUGCGCGCCCAAAACAUCGCCAUUAUCGGAUCGGGCUUCGCCACGUUCCACAAUCUGCGUCUGUUCAGCCAGCUGGCGAACCCCGCGCUGCAGGCGCAGACCAAGGAGUGGAGUCGCGCCGUCACGGACGCCGCCUUGACCGACGACGACGCGCAGAGGGAGCACAAGUUCUUGCACUGGAGAUCCUGGCAGCAUGCGUAUAGCAUGCAUCCCCGCGGCGGCGCAGAGCACUUUCUGCCCCUCAUUGUGUGUGCGGGCGCGGCGGCCGCGACAAAGGGAAAGGCGUAUGCGGAUUCACUGCGUGGGACCGACAUGUGGAGUUAUUACUGGGACGACGAC